CCAGUCACUAUUCUUCUCAUAUGUCUACCUUCGAAGAUCUCUUUUAACUUUCCCAAUAAUCUGAAAUACUUAUCUCUUUCUUUGAAUCGACGUUUGUUUCCCUGAUCUUUUACGCUGUUCUCGUGGAUUUGAUUGUUUUGUUUUCUGAUUCCUCCAUCUUUAUCAGAUAAUUCACAAUUUAAUCCGACCAGUUUUAACGGCUACUUGCAGAACUUCCGAUUUUAGGGUUGUUUCUGUCAAAUUGGUUACGAUUUGAUCUAAAUUUGUUAUUAUUAUGACGUAUGAGGAAGCAGAUGUAGUCACCCUUUUGAAGAUCGCGAUUGAAGAUCCCAAGGAUGAUUACGUAAUUUUGAAGGAACCGGAGGGGUUGGGCGGUGGUAAUGGCCGCGGCGGCGGCGGUUGUUGUUCACUGCCUUCUUCUUCCUCGUCUUCGAGGAGUUGUAGUAGUGUUGGUGGCGGCUUUUGGUGCUCUCUUUGGUGGUGGUCGAAGCUUGUUCUUGUGUUUAUCUUCUUGGCUGUUGUUGGGGUUUGUUUCUUUCUAUGGAUCGGACCUUUUUUAAUGAAUAAGGAGGUUAUCCCUAUUUUGAAUUGGGAAACCGAAACUUUCAGCAAACCAGUGUUAGCAGUUUUGAUCUUCACUUCUGUAGCAAUCUUCCCAACCAUAUUACUACCAUCUACACCUUCAAUGUGGGUAGCCGGAAUGAGUUUUGGCUAUGGUUUUGGGUUUCUUUUAAUCAUCAGUGGAGUCAUCAUCGGCACAUCACUUCCCUAUUUCAUCGGUUCCCUAUUCUACCACAAAAUCCAAGGAUGGUUAGAAAGGUAUCCAAAAAAAGCUUCAAUCUUGAAGUUAGCAGGAAUGGUCCCUGAGAUUUUCGUUGCAAUAUACACGGGUAUAAUGAUCAGAACUUUGGCAGAUGCUUCAAAUGAUCAACACUCACUUUCAGUGACUCAGAUUUUAGGUACUGUUGGAGGGUUUCUUUUAACAAUUACUACAACUGUUUUGGUGACAGUUUAUGCAAAAAGAAGAUUGAAUGAGUUGCAGAAAGAUGAAGAACAGCUAUUGCUUCAGUAGGAUGCAAAGAUGAUGAAGAGAAUCAUAAACUAACAAAAGAAAGGGUGUUUUUUGAUUGAUUUAAUAGAGUAUAUAUAAAUGCCAUUAAAAGAUUGAUCUUUUGAAAAUCCCCAC